CCUACAACACCAUCCCCGCCAACCAAGCGCAAGAAAUGCAACCUCAAUCAACCCCAAUGCCAAUUGAACCAGUGAGAACGAGGCACCAUGAAGGGCCAUCAUAUGUUACCCCUUCUACCCGGAUGCCCGGUAUCGCGGGGGUGCCGGGGGCAGCUCCCCUAGAAAGCACAUAAGAAGCAGCUCUGAUCCCACUUCAGGAACAAUACCAGCUCGUUCUCUUGGCAUCUUUUCCCAGAUCGCAAUCGUUAAGGCAAUCUCUUCCCAAACCACGACCUCCACAAUGCGCCUCCAUCUAGCCUGGGCAGCAGCCCUCCUCCCAAUCCUCGCAACCGCCGCCUCCCUCCAACAUAUCACAACCGACUUCGGCCCCAACCCCACAAACGUCUCCUUCUACCUCUACGUCCCCGACUCCCUCAUCCCCAACGCGCCCCUCCUCGUCUUCCCGCACUGGUGCCACGGCAACGCGACAGACGCCUUCAACUACAAGCCCUGGCGCCCCUUGGCAGACACCCUCGGCUUCGUCACGAUAUACCCCUCCACGCCCCACACGGCAGACUACUGCUGGGACGUCUCCUCACCGCAGACGCUCUCGCACGACGCCGGCGGUGAUUCUCUGGGAAUCGUGAGCAUGGUCCGCUGGACUCUCCAGAACUACGAUGUCGAUGCGGAUCGUGUAUUUGUCACCGGCGUGAGUUCCGGCGCCAUGAUGACCAACGUCCUCGUCGGGGCGUACCCGGACGUCUUUGCGGCGGGCUCGGCGUUCGCGGGCGUGCCGUUUGGGUGUUAUGCCGCGGAUGGGUUCGCCGUGUGGUCUGACGACUGCGCGAGCGGGCGGAUCACGCAUACCGGCGAGGAGUGGGCUGCCAUUGUCGAGGCUGCGUAUCCGGGGUACGCUGGGCCGAGGCCGAAGCUGCAGGUUCUGCACGGGGACGUGGAUAACGUGCUGAAUGUGACGAAUUUCUACGAGGAGAUCAAGAUGUGGACUACGGUGCUCGGGACGGGGGCUACGCCGACGGAAGUUGUGGAGGAUGAUCCCGUUGCGGGGUGGACGAAGAGUGUGUAUGGGACGAAGGGGCUGUUUGAGGCGUUUUUGGCGCAUGGGAUUGAUCAUAAUAUUCCGGAUCAGGCGGAUGAGGUUAUCAGGUUCUUUGAUUUGGAUUGUGUUGGGGAGAACUGCUUCUCGCGCAAGUCGUUGCCUGUGUCGGGUACUUGUGCUAAGAGACGGCGCUCGUCGAAGGUUUACUAGCCUACAUUGGAUAUCUUGGAGUGGAUGGGCGAGUAAGUACCAUUGAAGAAGUAUUGAGCUUCAAAUUUUAUAAGUGCUAUUCGAAUACAUACCGUGUGUACUUCAUUGACGAUUUAUGCUGACAGUUACCUUAAAUAGUUAGCAUUGAUAACUGAAGUCUGCCCUCUACGGCUACGGCCUCCCCAGAGACGAAGUCAGCUUGAUAUCAGAG